AUGGAAUCGUCAGCGUUACAGGACGCAAAGAGUGUUUGCGUGAAAGCCGAGCCCUGUGAGGAUGUGUGUAUAACAGAGCCCACAUUCGUGGGAGUGUCUGUGAAAGUUGAACCUUUGCUGGACGAUGUGUGUGUAAAAGACGAGCCUUGGUGCGAUGAUUCGUCUAUAAAAGCCGACCUUUCCUGGUCAGAUGUGGGCGUAGAAGACGGGUCACUCAGUGCGAGCCCGGCGGCGGCGGGUCUCUACGGCGACCACGUCGUAAACAACGAGCGCGUGCUCGGCCCCGUACUAGUGGAGCGGCGCGUGCGCCACGCACCAACAGGAAAAACUCCACAGAAGAGGCCAAGCGGCAGACCCAAAACUUACCAAUGUGCCCACUGUGAAUAUACAGCAGCUAUAAAGUCAUGGCUAAUAAGCCAUUUGAGAAAACAUUCUGAUGAGAAGCCAUACAGAUGCGGCCAUUGUAGCUACGCUAGCAAAUAUAAACACCAUUUACCAAUCCAUGCAAGGAAACAUACUUAUGCCAAGAACCCAUACAAAUGUGACCUCUGUAAUUAUGCAAGCAGACAAAAAGGUCCUUUGCUAGUUCAUAUAAGGAAACACACUGGCGAAAAGCCAUACAAAUGUGAACACUGUAGUUAUGCUAGUAGCCAUAAAGAUCUUUUGCGAAUUCAUGCAAGAAAACACACUGGUCUAAAGCCGUACAAAUGUGAGCAUUGCAGUUAUGCUAGCGAACGAAAAGGAUCUUUGCUAGUACAUUUAAGGAAACACACCGGUGAAAAGCCUUAUAUGUGUGAGCAAUGUAGUUACGCUAGCAGCCAAAAAGCUCUUUUGCAAGUUCAUGUAAUGACACAUGCUAAUGUGAAACCUUACCAGUGUGACCUGUGCAGCUUUGCUAGUUAUCGCAAAGAGGGUCUGAUAAUUCAUAUAAGAAAACACACUGGUGAAAAACCUUACAAAUGCGAGCAUUGUAGUUAUGCUAGCAGCCGUAAAUAUAAUAUGCUCGUUCAUAUAAGAAAACACGCUAGUGAAAAACCUUUUAAAUGUGAUCACUGUAGUUACGCCAGUGUUCGCAAAUAUGAUUUGCAAGAACAUGUAAGGACACACACUAACAAGAGCCUUCACCGGUGUGACCAGUGUGAUUAUUCUGGUAGCACAAAAAGAAAUUUGCAAGUUCAUUUAAGAAAGCACACAGGGCAGAAGCCUUACAAAUGUGAGCACUGUAGUUUUGCUACUAUUUACAAAAAAAGUUUACAAGUCCAUAAAAGCAAACACUCCAAAUAAAAUAGUUUACCAGAGCGACCUUCCAAGUACAAAUAAUAAUUCACCAGACCUUGAACAGCCGCA